CCCAGAUUCAGCGUGUAUUUCAUGGGGGACGUGCCAGUGAUGAACACGCGGUGACCCGUCAUGGCGAGGUUUCCGCCAGGCCAGCUGUACUGCUCACCGGCGCUGGUAUCAAUAACGCCAGCGCCGUUGCCAGGGCCGAAUGUGAUGGUGUCGUUGCCGAGGCUGUACUUGCCCUGCCCCUCGACAAGGUGGUAAGUCUUGACACCGUUGUCAUCUACCAGCUCCUCGGCUCCCUCGAGCUUUCCGCCCGGGCGGAAGGUAACCUCAAUGGUCACGCCAACGUCCGGCUCACCAGUCACCUCAAAGACGAGAUCGUAACCUGUAUGAGUAGGCGAGACCGUGAUGUCCGUCUUGAGGUCCCGUGUGCUGGUAGGACGGUUCUCAAAGUCGAGCGCCGAGUAGAACCGUCCAUCUACAGACCUCGACAUCUUGUACGUGCCGUUCUGAUCACGGAACUCGGGUGCAAUCGGGAGAUAGUACGGGAUCUUGACCUCGUUUCCCAGCAUGCUGACACCUUCGGCAAACGAGAUGCCGUUGGACCGGAAGUGGCCCAUUGAGAAGAAAUCGGAGACGAGGCGCACACCCUCAAGCACCAGACCGCCGUUCCAGGCCCUGAACAGGGUGGGGUUGGUAGACAGACCGGAACCGAUACGAUUAAAGAACUCGGUCUCCUCGCCGUUGCUGUACCAAUCCGUGCCGCCAAACACGGUGGUGGUGAGCUUCCCACGGCGGGCACGGACAAGGCCUGCAUCGCGGUAGAGCUUCUCAAAGUCGACAAAGGGCUGCUCCUCUGCAGGUAGCUGCCGCAUAAGCUCGGGCCGCUCGACCGCAUCGGCGAGAAAAUCACCCAGGUUCAAGCCACCGACCUUCUCAAUCAGGUUUGCCAUGGCAGCGAAGCGGCCAUUGUUAUCGAGGAGUGCGAGCUCUCGGUACUGAACGUAAAAGUCCUGUAGGUCGCGUUUAUCUUGGCCUUGGUCCUGGCGGCGCGAGUGGACGACCUCGGGCUCGCUGUUUGGCUCGGAGUGUUGGAUGUUAAGCUCCAGGUUCUUACGAACAUAUGGGAUCAGGUCGGUGCGGUUCAGAAUGUGGGCAACGGCGAGGAGAGACGGGUUGGAAACGGCACCAUAAUAGAUGGGGCUGCGCUCCGAGUAGAUGCCGUCGGCGUCCUGGUCGAUGCCCUCUGCGAGCCACUCGUCGAUUCGGUCGAUGUAGCUCUCCUCUCCAGUCACCUUGUAGAUGCGUGCAAGAGCGGAGCAAAUCUUCCAGCGGUGGUUGGGUGUGUGAACACCGCCCUUGGCCAUGCCAGGACCGGCCUUUGUAAGGAUGAGACGAAUGGUUUCUGCCAUGCGCGCCGAAGCAGGGUGUUGGUCCCGCGAGAGGAUGUUUUCCAUGAUUCCAAAGUCCUCAAUCAGAAAGCCAGUGUCAGGGGGCGAGUGGCGGUUUCCAACACUAAACGUGCCGUCGUCGUGCUGGCGCUGGACGAGCUCGGCGAGCAUCUCGUCAAUGUGCGGGAUCAAGGACUCGUCAUGAUGAUACGUUGACUGGGGCCAGACAAAAGGCGUGACGAGUCUGCGGACCUGACGGGUCAAGGCGCGGGGCUGGUCACGAAGGGCAGAAGCCUUUGUGUCAAUGACAGACUGCACCUGCGCGUCCGCUCCCUUGGUGAGCACGUCAAAGCUGGCAGUGUCGACGGUAUCUGCGCGAGGGCUCAGAGCCGCCGCAGAGGCACUGCCGGCGAGCCAGAGCGCUCCAAAUGCACCGAGAAGACGUCGAGGAUUCAUGCUGGGGAUCGAAGAGCCGUGGACAAGCUGCCUGGUCUUGGUCCGCCAUCUCGUCCAGCGCAGAGAAGUAGACGGCGGCAGUAUUUAAGAUGCUACAAAGCCGACGACGUAACAUCUACCCCAUGUUGACGGUGGAGCGAUGGCCUGCCGAUGGGAAAUUUGCCAAGUCUAAUAAUGUUAAGCACCUCCCCGCCUGGGGAAAGCCUCGUGGGGUAAGAGCUUCUACCGUAACCGAGGGGAACGAAGUCACUUGAUGGCAACCCCGGUUUCUAUUGAAGCGAAACCCGAAAGGUUGUUGCCGACGCGCUGGACAUGGUGUAUGUACAUGAUGAUAUGCGAUAUCCUGGCCAAGAGCAAUGGUAGCCUCCGGAUCGGAGCUGAUUUCGGAGAGGUUGCCGAUGGCACAGAGACCUCGGCCAAGCUGCUUGUGCAAUGCCAAGAGUUGACACAGCCUACCCAAUGACGAUGCGGGGCCCCGCGAUGGCGUUGUGCAAUCGGAUGCGGACAGAAGAGUCGGCAGGGCGGGUAUGCGCGCAAAGCCACAAUAUAUGUACAAGCUGGUCAAAUAGUAACUAUUGGUCUUGCAUGUUGGUUUAUGCGGCCGCACUUAAAGUGUUCAAUGGUGCGAUGCCUGCAAGUCUAGAUGCAACGGGCACGCACCAACCUGGACCGGUUUCCGUCGGUAGUGUCAAGCCGAGUGCGUCCGUGCGCAGGCUUGUUCAGUGGCUGUUGGACCACCGCUCCAAAGACCCUUACCCACGCAGCCAUAAAUAUUGGAACGAAGAAAAGAUGAACAUGUCCAUUGCUGGUCACCAGGAUGGUUCAGCCGACGAAUGAGCUUAGUUUUGCAAUUGCCGGUAGAAAGACGAACGUGCAUCAAGAAUACCGGCAGGUCAGGGCAUUGAAAAUCUAAGCAAGGAUGUUAUUUCUACCAUGAGUGACGUUUAGUGACGUCGUGACUCGCGCCACACCAUCGUGGCCCCACUUGCC